AUGGCCUGUCCACCCUGCUUACACGAUGCCAUGAACGCACUCAUAUCGAAUAAGAUGAGCGUUUUGACCAAAUUACCUCCCUGGGCUCGCUCUAAUCCCUUUGACACUGACGGCUCGGUGGAGAAGUUGUUGGCCAGAAUAGCCCUCAACACUCAAACUGCCAACAGCUUCCUCGAUCGCGCAAAUGCCGCAUCAGAUAUCACAGAUGCGCCAUGGCUACGAAAAUACACGACCACUCUCAAAACCAAUGAGCUCUUUUCGGCAGAUACUCUCGAUCUUGCCCGAGGUUUACUGGAUCUGCAAAUUCAACUUUACGUGGAUCUCAGAAGAUGUUCUGUCGAUAAAACCGGGGAAAGAGUGUGGAAGGGACUGGGACUGUUGCCUGGCAAACCCAUAGGCUGCAUUGUUGAUCAAUUGCGUAUCAUGGAAAGCGAGGUCGAGAAAGACUUGCAGGUCUGGAGGGGACUUUUGCGGCUGGGAUUGAUUGUGAGGUUUCUGGAGAGGGAAUUGGAACGUCUCGAGACAAAGAGAAACAUGGAAGAUCAGAAGCAGCAUGAAGUCCAAGAUACGGGAGGCGAUAAGGUGAUGCAGAUGCUAGAAGAAUUCUUCAGCGGACAUGACCCGACGGAGGAGAGCAAUUGA